AUGGCCGAAGCCGUGGCCGCCAGGCCCGGCCCGACUCCCGCGGCGGACCCCGACCCGACACCGCCCGUCCGCGCCGCAGCGUCACCCGACACCGCCCCGCCCACGGGCCCGCCCCGCCGAGCCAGCAGCCCCCUGCCAUUGAUCAAAAAGGAAGGAGCUCAGAGCGACUUGCUGGGUCCGCACUUGGGUCGGAGCCGAGCCAAGAGCGCAAAGGGGGCGCUCCGGACGGGCGGGCCUGGAAGCGGGAGGCCCGAGGGGGCUCGGGGCGGGGCCGAGGCCGUGCGGGGCGGGGCUGCGGGCGCCGGGCCCCGCACUCGGCUCUGCUCAGCGGGGCAGCGUCCGGCCCAGCAGACCCAGGCGCCUCGGGUGCGGACAGCCGGCCGGACCCUCCGCACCUGCGCCGACCCCGGGCUCCCCGGACGCGGCGCGGGCACCUGUGGGCUGCGCUCCGAGCGUGCUCUCGGCCAUGACGCACGUGCAGGCGGCGGUUCCCGGGGAACUGCGGGGCCCCCUGUGAGUGGGGACCGGGGAGGACCCCGGCGCGAGGCGGCGCGCGCGAUGCCUGUGCCCGCGGAGGCCCUGGCGCUGGUGCUGCUGCUCCUCGCGGUGGCUGCGGGCGAGCCGGCGCGGCUCCUGCCCCCGCUGCAGCCCAGCAUGCCUCACGUGUGUGCCGAGCAAGAACUGACCCUGGUGGGCCGCCAGCUGCCUUGCGUGCAGGCCUUCAGCCGUGUGGUGCCCGUGUGGAAGCCGGGCUGCAGGUGGCAGGCAUGGUGUGUCAGCCAUGAGCGGAGAAUCAUCUACUACACAGGCUACAGGCAGGUGCACACCACGGAAGCCCGCACGGUGCUCAGAUGCUGCCCAGGGUGGAGCCGGCUACCUGACCAGGAGGGCUGCCUGUCUGGUGAGUGCAGCAACUGGAAUGGGGGAGGGCAGGGUCCCUGUGGGGAUACUCUUGGCCCCUUCUACCAUCGGUGUCCUCCAGGCCCAUGGCAAGGGCGUGGGCCUGGGGCUAACCUCCCCUCUCCCUGCUCAGAUGUGGAUGAGUGCCAAGCGCACAAUGGCGGCUGCCAGCACAGGUGUGUGAACACCCCUGGUUCCUACCUCUGUGAGUGCAAGCCCGGCUUCCGGCUCCACAGCGACGGCAGGACCUGCCUGGCCCUCAACUCCUGUGCCCUGGGCAAUGGCGGCUGCCAGCACCAGUGUGUGCAGCUCACGGCCACACGGCACCGCUGCCAGUGCUGGCCUGAGUUCCAGCUGCAGGAAGACGGGAGGCGCUGUGUCCGGAGAAGUCCGUGCACGGUCAGAAACGGCGGCUGCAUGCACACGUGCCGGGCGCUCCAGGGCCUUGCACACUGUGAAUGCCACGCGGGCUACCAGCUGGCCACCGACCACAAGGCCUGUGAAGAUGUGGAUGAGUGUGCCUCGCGGGUGGUCCAGUGUGCCCACGGCUGCCUCAACACCCCAGGGUCCUUCCAGUGUGUGUGCCAUGCAGGCUACGAGCUGGGGGCCGAUGGCCGGCAGUGCUACCGGAUUGAGAUGGAGAUUGUGAACAGCUGUGAGACUGACAAUGGCGGCUGCUCCCAUGGCUGCAGCCACAGCAGUGCGGGGCCGCUGUGCACCUGUCCCCAGGGCUAUGAACUGGACGAGGACCACAAGACCUGUGUCGACAUCGACGACUGUGCCACCUCUCCGUGCUGCCAGCAGGUGUGCACCAACAGCCCCGGCGGGUAUGAGUGUGGCUGCUACGCUGGCUACGGGCUGGGCGCCGAUGGCUGCAGCUGCGAGGAUGUGGACGAGUGCGCCUCCGGCCGAGGCGGCUGCGAGCAGCGCUGUGCCAACCUGGCCGGCUCUUUCCAGUGUUCCUGUGAGGCUGGCUUCCUGCUGGAUGAGGAUCGCAGGGGCUGCACCCCCCUGGAGGAGGCCACGGUGGACCUGGAUGGCCAGCUGCCCCUGGUGCGGCCCCUGCCCCAUGUGGCCGGGCUGGCGGAUGAGUUCCUGAAGUUGCUCCAGGACGACUACGCCGGGACCGAGGAAGGGGAGGAGGCCGCCGAGCUGCGGGGCGAGCACAGCCUCACCGAGAGGUUCAUCUGCCUGGGCGACUCCUUCGGCCCCGACUGCAGCUUGACCUGUGAGGACUGCCACAACGGAGGCGCCUGUCUGCCGGGUCUGGGUGGCUGCGACUGCCCCGAGGGCUGGACCGGGCUCCUCUGCAAUGAGACUUGUCCUCCGGGCAUGUUUGGGAAGAACUGCAGCUCCUCCUGCAGCUGUCAGAACGGCGGGAGCUGCGACCCCAUGACGGGGACCUGCCGCUGCCCCCCGGGGGUCAGCGGGCUCCACUGUGAGGACGGUUGCCCCAAGGGUUUCUAUGGCAAGCACUGCCACAAGAAAUGCCACUGUGCCAACCGGGGCCGGUGCCACCGCCUCUACGGGGCCUGUUUCUGUGACCCGGGGCUCUACGGCCGCUUCUGCCACCUCGCCUGCCCACCCUGGGCCUUCGGGCCCGGCUGCUCUGAGGAAUGCCAGUGUGAUCAGCGCCACACAAGGUCGUGCGACCGCAGGGACGGCAGCUGUACCUGCAAGGCUGGCUACCAGGGAGCACAGUGCCAGGCAGAGUGUGCACCAGGUUCCUACGGGCCAGGCUGUCAGCACACGUGCGCCUGCCUACCCGGUGUGGCCUGUGACCCCGUAAGCGGCGCGUGCCGGACGCAGUGCCCCGCUGGCUACCAGGGGGUGGACUGUACCCAAGAGUGCCCUGCGGGAACCUUUGGCCAGAACUGCUCCGGCAUCUGUGCCUGUGUGGGGGCCCCGUGCCACCCGGUCACGGGGCAGUGCCAGUGUGUGGCAGGGAAGACUGGAGAAGACUGUGGGGCGGACUGUCCCGAGGGUCGCUGGGGACUCGGCUGCCAGGAGAUCUGUCCGACCUGUGAGCAUGGUGGCAGCUGUGACCCCGAGACUGGAGCCUGCCUGUGCCGUCCCGGCUUUGUUGGCAGCCGCUGCCAAGACGUGUGCCCCGCAGGCUGGUUCGGGGCCGGCUGCCAGACUAGGUGUUCCUGUGCCAACGACGGGCAUUGCCACCCAACCACUGGACGCUGCAGCUGUGCUCCUGGCUGGACCGGCCUCCACUGCCAGCAAGCCUGUGCCGAGGGGCGCUGGGGACCUGACUGCAGCUUCCCGUGCAACUGCAGUGCCGGCCACGGGGGCUGCGACGCGCUCAGCGGCCUGUGCCUGUGUGAGGCUGGCUACGUGGGCCCACGGUGCGAGCAGCGGUGUCCCGAGGGUUCCUUUGGGCCCGGCUGUGGGCAGCGGUGCCAGUGUCAGCAUGGGGCAGCCUGUGACCAUGUCAGCGGGGCCUGCACCUGCCAGCCUGGCUGGAGGGGGAGCUUCUGCGAGCGUGCCUGUCCGCCUGGCUUCUUCGGACUUGACUGCCACAGCCCUUGCAACUGCAGCGCUGGAGCUGCCUGUGACCCUGUGAACGGCUCUUGCAUCUGCCCGGCCGGCCACCGGGGCCCCCGCUGCACCCAGGCCUGCCCAGCCCUCACCUUCGGCCACAACUGCACCCAGACCUGUGCCUGCUUCAACGGGGCCUCCUGUGACCCCGUGCACGGGCGGUGCCGCUGUGCCCCCGGCUGGAUGGGGCCCACCUGCCAGCAGGCCUGUCCAGCUGGCCUGUAUGGAGAGAAGUGCGCGCACGCCUGCCUCUGCCAGCACGGGGGCAGCUGCGACCCUGCCUCAGGCCACUGCACGUGCUCCGAGGGCUGGACCGGCCCAGCCUGCGAGAGCGAAUGCCUCCCGGGCCAGUUUGGAGCCGCUUGCCGGCGCAGCUGCACCUGCCUAAAUGGGGGCCUCUGUGACCGGCUCACGGGCCACUGCCUGUGUCCAGCUGGCUGGACCGGGGACAAAUGUCAGAGCCAUGAGUUGGGGCCGGCAGAGGGAUGGUGGGGCCCACCGUAUGAGGACAGUGACGCAGACCUGGCCUGGUGGUCAGGCGGGGGCGGGGUUGUCCACGUGCUGCCCACGCCAGCCCGGGUCCUUCCUGCAGCCUGCCCGAGAGGCCGGUUCGGAGAGGCGUGUGCCCAGAGCUGCCGCUGCCCACCGGACACUACCUGCCACCAUGUCACCGGGGAGUGUCACUGUCCGCCUGGCGUCACCAGGCCUGGCUGCAAGCAGGCCUGCAGGCCUGGCACUUUCAGGGAGGGCUACGGACACACGUGCAGGUGUCCCAGCGAGGGGCAGGCGUGCCACCCGGCCACAAGGGCUUGCACCUGCCCUGCCAGCUACCACAGCCCUGGGGGUGAAGGAGGGUCCCGAUGCCCACCUGGACACUAUGGGCCAGGCUGCCAGCAGCUCUGUAGGUGUCUUCACGGGGCACCCUGCGACGCAGCCACAGGGACCUGCCACUGCCCCCCCGGGACCCUGGGGGCCGACUGCAGCCUCUCCUGUCCACAGGGCCACUUUGGACCCAACUGCACCCACGUGUGCCAGUGCGGGCCGGGUGCGACCUGCGACCCAGUGGCUGGCUCCUGCGUCUGCCCUCCGGGCCGGGUCGGCAUCCACUGUGAGCAUGGCUGCCCCCAGCACCGGUUCGGCAUGGGCUGUGAGCAACAGUGUGUCUGCAGGCACGGGGGCCUGUGCCACCCCGUCAAUGGCAGCUGUUCCUGUGGUCUGGGGUGGACGGGGCCACACUGUGAGCUGUCCUGUCCCCCUGGGCGCUACGGGGCUGCCUGCCGCCUGGAGUGCACCUGCCAGAACAAUGGCACCUGUGACCCCACCACGGGCACUUGCCGCUGUGGCCCCGGCUUCUACGGCCAGGCCUGCGAGCACACCUGCCCCCCAGGCUUCCACGGAGCUGGCUGCCAGGGGGGCUGCGAGUGUCAGCACGGAGCCACCUGUGACCCCGUCAGUGGCCGGUGCCUGUGCCCUGCCGGCUCCCGGGGCCCCCUCUGUGAGGAGGGGUGCGAGCCAGGCUCCUUCGGCGACGGCUGCAGCCAGCGGUGCAACUGUUCUGGGGCCCCCUGCCACCCUAUGACUGGCCUCUGCCUCUGUCCACCGGGGCGCACUGGAGCCACCUGUGAUCGAGGCUGUGGAGAUGGCCACUUCGGGCCCGGCUGUGCCCUGCGCUGUGACUGCAGGGCCGGGGCUGAGUGUGACCCGGUCAGUGGGCGCUGCCACUGUGAGGACGGCCAUGUGGGCCCCAAGUGCCGGGAAGCGCUCACACCGGUGGUCAACAGCAGACACGUGCCCCGGCCCAGCAGCGGGACCCCAGAGCACUGACAGAGACCACCCUACACCGCGGCUAAACGCUGCAGCCUUAGGGGCACUGGCCUGGCUGCUCUCCCUGGAGGGCCGUGGGAGGACUGGACAGUCGCUGCGCAGCCCCUCGUGUGGCCCUGAGGGGCCCGGCCUGAGCCCAGCGAGUGGGCGGGGCCUUUAUGCACCUGUCUUGG